UGAUAACGCAUUUCCCUUUGCUGGCACCUCUGAAGAAUUUCUCAAACUGCUAUCCACUGGCACAUAUGAGUCGUUUGAAAAUAGGGUAUUCCUUUGUGGAAGUUGUGCAUGUGGAAAGUCCACCCUAGCAAGUGUUCUUAUUGGUAGCCCAAUACCGCGUACAUGGCAAUCAACAGAUGGAUUAGUCAUACACUUUGGGCGUAACGGUAUCAACUUGGAAACGUUUGAGAUGGUUCCCUUACAAGGAGAAGACAGAGGUCAAAAUGUACUGACGAAAGUUAUAAUCGGAAAGCCUACUCGUGAAACUAGCACAUGUCAAAGUCCUGAUACCCACCUGGACCAGCACAUUGCGCCAUCACCAAUUGGUACUGAUAAUCUGGAAUUAAAUUUAAUGGCUAUAAGGAACGAAGCCAGCUACAGUUCCAAAGUUUCUCAACUAUCCGAUGCUUGUUUAACAAAAUCUAAAGAUUUACCGAGUACAAAAACCGUCAAAUCUAAAAUAAAAAACACGCCUUCAAUUAGUCUGCCAAAAACAAAGAAAAUUGAAGCAUACGCUGUACAUGAAGACAUUUUGAAAGAAGUUAAGAGUGGUCAAUACAAAAUCAAGAUUGCCCCUUCAGAUCUGGUUGACUUUGGUGGUCAACGAUCGUAUGAUAUGACCCAUCAGUUAUUUGUUCAGCACGGUGGGACAUUUGUCAUUAUGUUUGACGGUAGUAGAGAUUUUCAUGAACCACUGAAGGAAUAUCCUACGGGAGAUAUUUCUAAUGAAUCUAUUGUGCGACAUUGGGUCAAUUCAAUACUCACCUACUGUGUUGAUGAUAGUGAUGUUAUGCCUAUGAUCGUGUUUGCUGCCACCCAUAGCGAUCUGCUUCCGGAGGAUUUACAGAAAAAAAUGAAAACAGAUUUUGUGAAGAAAGUUACUGACAUGUUUGGUAGCCAUGAAGGGAAGAUACACUUUGUCUUCGAUCCAGUUUUCUUUAUAAAUGCUACAGACAAAAACGACCAGGAAAUUCAGAAUUUGAAAAACCAACUUGUCAGUAUUGCCCAGAACCAGCCAUCUUGGGGACUACGACGGCUUAUGAUUUGGGUUCCUCUUGAACUGUUGAUUUCAAAUAUGAAAAAAGACAAUGUCAAUAUUAUAUUUAAAUCACAUUUAGCUGAGGCAAACACAAUGAAUGGAGAUCUAGCACUGUCUGAUAAACAACUUGAAGACUUUCUCUUAACACAGCACGCGUUGGGCAAAAUCAUGUAUUUUGAUCAACCAGAACUUAACAACUUCAUCAUUCUGUAUCCUCCUGCAUUGGUCAACAUCUUGAGGUCAUUUAUUACUGAUGAAUUGUUUUGGCCAGAGGAUGAAACCCUUAGAAAAAUCCUUAGAAACAUGACUGAUACUGGAAAGAUAUACAAAAAAGAUCUCAUGAAACUGUGGCAGCAAAAAAGAUUCCGCACUCACAUACCAGAUGAUGACUUCAAAGAAUUCGUUAUUCAAGUUCUCAUACAUCUCGAUAUUUUGGUCCUCCCAAAACGAUAUUUAGGUAAGAGUGAUGCACACGUAGAUUAUUAUUUGGUACCAUGUACAGUCAAAGAUAAGAUGCCGAUGUCAUUUCUAGAUGACAAAUCAUUUGCAAACAGAACACUUUCUUUGGUCUAUCGAUUGCAGCAGUCAUCCAUACCAUCUGCACUUUCCUUCAAACUUAUUGGAGCAGUAAGUGGUAUAUGGCCAAUUAUGGAGUUAAACGGUCGUCCAUUAUUAUACCACUCCUCUGCCGUGUUAUCUGUUGAUGGCAAUACCGAGUUCCGAAUGAUUGUAGAGGACACAAAAGUUAUUGUCUACCUCACACACAUGUCAUCUAAGUCGUCUAUCUCUCCAGAUAUUGCAGCCAGCAUACAAGAAUGUCUAACCGCGACUCUAGAAGUUGUUUUAAAAUUCUAUCUCAGCACCAUUGGAAAGAGCCACAAAACGGCAAAUUUGUCAAAUCUCUUUCAAAUUGAAGUCGGGGAAGUGUGUGACAGAUCACCCUGCACGAUAUCCAUUUCAAAGGCGAAAUUAAAUUCUGACUGGGUAUGCAACAGCGGGAAUGAACAUUCUUCCAGAUAUUCUUUACUCUGGGUUUUUAAUAAGACACAGGACGAAUGUCCGGCCACUUGUCCAGGUCUUUCAAAAACUAUCUUGCCAAUAUCCCCAAGCGAGCAACAUCUGUCAAGAUUUGCCGAUCAGCUUUCCAAUAAUAGUUGUAGAGAGUUGAUGAUUCGUCUUGGUUUACAACUUAAAGAUUGGGAAGAUAUUGAGGACAAUUACAAAGGGAUGUCCCUUAUUAUCCGAAUCAUGGCAUUGCAUUGCUGGAAAACAAAAAGAAUAAAGGGAAAGCCGGCAAAAUCAUUUAGUAAUUUGCUGGAUGCACUAACAGCCAUUGGUGACAAACGUCAUUUACUUUGCAAGGUGUUCAGAGAAGACACAGAUUUGUUAGAUAUUGCAGAUAUUCGUCUUCAAAACGUUCCGGACGACAGUGUUCUAAAUGGUCUUCCCAGGAACCUUGGUAACUGUGCCAUACAACUCGGAAUUGAGCUAGGAAUUACAAUGAGUUCGAUAAAUGAGACAAUGGUACGUCAACACAAAGAUAUGUACAGUCAGAUUUAUGACAUCCUGAGGAAAUGGAAAUCUUCACGAGAUGUGAAACCUACAAUAUAUAGGUUGAUGCUUGCUCUGGAACGUGUAGAUAUUGGAGGAUUGAAUUAUCUGAAGGGUGUAUAUCUGAAACAAUAAUAUGUCUUCAAUCUUUUAUAGAAAAUUAACGUUUUCUCUCCACUUGAGAGGAUAUCGUUUAUAAUCCUAUAUCCAUUUUAACUCUAAGCGUUUAUCAAAGAAAACAAUUAACUAAUGUUAAAACAUCUCGAGAAAAAUAUAAAAUUUGUAUAUCAAUAAUGAUAACAAAUAAUACAUAAUCAUAAUGGAACAACCAGAUAUUUUACUAAAACUUAGAAAACCUGAUUUCAGAUAGGAAAAAAAAACGUACACCAUAUAUAGCAUUGAAUGAUUUUUGGUGUGUUGUUUAACUAACAUAACUUAUGACAGGUCAUAUGGCUUAGAUACCUAUGUAUUGAUUUGUAAGAGCUAAUCAAGUAAUUCUCUCGGAUAUUCAAGCAGCUCUUCGUUUAAGGGAGUUCGCUUCCUAGUUUCAAAGUAAUUAACUUUUCAAAACACUAGUUUAUAUUGAUAGGGGAUUAAUAAAGGAAUCCAAAGAGUCAAAAAAUAUAUAGGUCACCGUGCUUGUUUUCAAGAUUUUAGCCAUUGAAAUUUUGGCGGGAAAAUAUUCUCUCUAGACUUUUCAUAACUUAAUUAUUGACAAGUUGCAGUUCCCAAAUACUGUUAAAAAGUAAUUAAAAUUUUAUAAGUCUUUUACAAAUGGCUUAUCAUUAUACAUUUAAAAGAUUUACAAAAAGAAAAAUAGGGGUCACCGGGCAAAUUUUUUCAGGGCAUUCAAAUGAAUAAAACCAGAGGAUACUGAAAAUCUGACAAAAAGUCCAAAAAUGGCAAGCCAGCUUCCUUAACUUAAAGCAGUAGCAAUAGUUGGUUCACCAUCAAUAACAAGAUUUCAGGUUUAUAUCAUGUAUAUUGUUAUAAACAGAUGGGAUGUCUGUAUAACAUUCUAAAAUGUUGUAAUUUUAGAAACUACCGUAUAGCGGGUUAUUUUCGCGGGGUGUAAAUUUUCGCGUAUUUUCGCGGAUAGAACAAAAUCGCCAAAAUAAAUUCCGCCAAUUUAAAAGUGUACAUGCAAAGGUAAUGUUAAAAAUGUUGAAUCCGCCAAAAUAAUAACCGCCAAAAUUUUUCGUAUACCUUAUUCAAUGAAAAUCGCGAAAUUUUACACCCGCGAAAAUAAUCCGCUAUACGGUAUUUUUCAAACAAAAUGUUUGCAUGUGACAAUACACGGUACCAAUUUCCCAGCACCAGAAUAGCAGUUACUCAAAUUGUAUUUCUCAAUGAUGUUCAGGACUAAACUAUUCUGACAAUUUCAAUAAACGUUGAGGACGAGCCAAUCCAAUCGAAAAUGAUAAAAUAUUUAUCCAAACCCUUUCACAUGCAAACAGGUUUUAGGGUACUGUCGUUAUUAUGUUACAAACUUAUCAUUGAUGAUUAAAACAAUUAAGUUGAUAAGACAUUUACUAAAUCAUUUGUAUGUCCAUUAAAAUAUGCCUAUUUUCGUCCAAACUGACUAAAGAGUGUAUAUUUCAAGCCAAGUUAUACAAGAAUAAACAUGAUAAAUAUAAAUAAGUAAAAUCAAAAACAGAAAAAAGCAAUAGUAUUCUAAAGUUUUGUUUCAGUAUUUUUGUUGACGCUACUUCUUAUGUUGGAUUUUUGUACAUUGAUAUAUAAAUAUAACCAUUUUCAAGUUGUUGUGUUUAACUUAAGCUUUUGAUCGAUUUUGAUCCGUUUUUAAGAGAGAUUUCUUACAUUUGUUUUCAAUUUGGAAAUAUGUUUUGCUUUUGACAGAUCCUUGUAAAUAACUGUCGUCCUUCGUCAUUCGUCAUCCGAGUAAUUGCUUUUAUUAUAUCCGAUCAACAAAUAAGCAAAUGCAAGCACAUUGAUUUUGUAGAAAACCAAGAUAUAUUGGUAAGGCGCGAAAAAACGCCGACAUGUUUCAACAUCAUAAAGCGGUUAUUGUCAAAACACUCUAUAGGUUUAUGAUUUUUCAAACUGUUACAACGGAAUAAAUAAUAAUGUUAACCGAAGAAGGGUUAAUAUUGGUUAAUUAAAUGAAGUGCUAACAAAUAUUUGUAACUAAUGUAUAAGUAUACCAUCUUCAUUAAUUUGACAUAAACAGAUUAUUAUCCUUGUGGUCAUAAUUAUAAUCAUACAGAUGUAAAUAAGUUAAAUGUUCUUCGGGAGUAAAUGGCUUUCCCAACAUUUAUUUGACAACGCCUAUCAAGUACUUCUUCCCCUUGCACACAGUGGAUGGUUUUAUUAAAAAAGAAAGAACAAAUGACAGCUGAUAAAGUCAUUGGCAUGGGAUUGCAAUUACUUGAAAAAAGGCUACUUACCAUUUCAAAGGUUUUGGUGAAAAACUGUUCUGACAUUUUAUGGCCUAAAUACAAAAUAAUAGUAAACCAAAUAUAAUUAUAAACACUUUUUUGUUUUUCCAUAACCAUGAUAACAGCGAUAUCGGAACUAUAUCUUAACAUGCUUAAUAUACUAGGUAUAGUUUAUUUACGUAUAUAAAUGAAGAAAUAUUGUUUCGACUGCGAGUAUUAGGGUCAGCGAAUUGAUACAGUACAUGGGCAAAUGUAUACGUCCCUUGAGUUUAUCUGCUAUAUAUUAAUUUUAUUAGAAAAACUUUUUUCAAUAAAAAUAUUUGGAAGGCAUGUAUGGUUGAAUUAUUAAACAUGUUAAAAGCAAGGUGUUAAGAAAUGUCUUCAGAUUAUUUUUUUUUGGCAAAGUUUUGUUUAAUUAUCUCAUUGUAUAGCAAAUUUUUGUACAAUAAAUAAUAUGUGUGUUAAUCUCGUGAUAAAAUGAAAAUUAUUCUCAGUGGUACAACCAAAUUGUCAAAUAAAUCUGAGACAAUUCUGCUCAAAUUGGUACCGUCUUGCUUAAAAUCAAAAUAAAAAUGACCCCGAAAUAUUGUGUUGGAAAAAUGUAGUUUUACAUGAAAUAUGUAGUGGGAAAUCGCAAGUGACGAAUAUUGAUGGCCAAACUCUGUUUUACCAUUUCUUAGUAACUAAGCAAUUUUCAACACGGUUAAAUUAAUGAUGCCACUUCGUUGUAUUUAUCCGUAAUCAUGUCUUAUCGUUAGGGUUUGCAGGUUUCAACCCCCUCGCCCCCAAAAAAUCAAUUAAUCAAUAAUUAAAAAAAAUGUACAAACUAUGAUUGUAAAUGAAAGGUUACAUGGCAUAUCAGCUGACUUAAAUUUUCGAACAUAUAAAGUUUACUGAAUUCGUUAAAUAAUUUGGGCCAGCCUUCGUCGAAAGUGUUAUGGUUGAAUUGAAUAUGGAAUGCAACAUGAUGUUGAAUCUAAUAUUUAGAAUAAUAUAACUGAUGUAACACAUUUUGUUCUUCAUGGAUAAUUAUAUCAAUGGAAUAUAUGAUUAUGUAAAUGUCAUGUACACACCUAACAUAUUAUGCUUGCAAUAAAAGUUUGGCUUUAUUA